AUGAGCAAGCCCACCGACAAGAAGAAGCUUACCAUCGCUGCCCAGGAGACUGAGGACUUCACCGUCGCUAACACCGAUGUCCUCACCAAGUACAAGGCUGCUGCCGAUAUCACCAACCGUGUUAUCGCUCAGAUCGCUGCUGCUUGCGUUGAUGGUGCCUCCAUCUUGGAGCUCUGCUUGAAUGGUGACAAGGCCAUCGAGGAGGGUACCAAGGCCGUCUACACCAAGGGCAAGAUUAACAAGGGUGUCGGUUUCCCCACCGCCAUCUCUGUUAACAACACCAUCUGCCACUUCUCCCCUCUCGCUGCCGAUGCUGAGGGUCUUGUCUUGAAGAACGGCGAUAUGGUCAAGGUUGAGCUCGGUGCCCAGAUCGAUGGAUACGGUGCUAUUGCCGCCACCACCGUUGUUGUCGGUGCCUCGAAGGAGAACCCCGUCAAGGGCAAGCAGGCUGAUGUCCUCAUGGCCGCCCACCAGGCUGCCGAGGCCGCCGUCCGCCUGAUCCGCGCCGGUAACGCCAACACCCCCGUCACCGACAACGUCCAGCGCAUUGCCACCGCCUACGGCUGCAAGCCCGUCGAGGGUAUGCUCUCGCACCAGCAGGAGAAGAACGUCAUUGACGGCAAGAAGCAAAUCAUUCUCAACCCCACCGAGGGCCAGCGCUCCGACUUUGAGAAGUGCACCUUUGCCGAGAACGAGGUCUACUGUGUCGACAUCAUGAUCUCCUCGGGUGAGGGUAAGAUCAAGAACAAUGCCUCGCGCACCACCAUCUACAAGAAGACCACCACCAACUACUCGCUCAAGAUGCAGACCUCCCGUGUCGUCCUCUCCGAGAUCACCAAGAAGUUCGGUCAGUUCCCCUUCAACCUCCGUCAGAUGGACGAUGAGCGCAAGGCUCGCAUGGGUCUCCUCGAGUGCAUCAAGCACAACGUCGUCACUGCCUACGAUGUCAUGGAGGAGGAGAAGGGCGAGUUUGUUGCCCAGUUCUUGUUCACCGUCUGCGUCAUGCCCUCCGGACCCCUCCGCAUCACCAACACCCCCAUCGAUCUCGAGACCAUCCAGACCGAGAAGAAGAUUGCUGAUGAGGAGAUCCUUGCCCUCUUGGCCACCGAGAUCAAGCCCAAGAAGAAGAGCGCCAACAAGAAGAAGAAGGCCGACGCUGCCGCUGCCGAGGAGAAGAAGGAGUAA